AUGCAACUCCUUGAUAUUACAGAUCAUAAACUGCUCUGUUGGCGAGAUGCAAUAUGCGAGGCCAUGAUUCUGGGCUUCCCUGUGGAAUUUCUCCUUAAACUCGUGAAGAGCUUAGCACGUGCCGUUUUUGGAGCACGGGCCAUUCGUAGUAUGCAAUUAUCGCACGAUUCCGAUGAAGUAAAAGCUGCUGCAGAUGCCUUGAACAUUAAACAACAGGAGUUGGAAAACCAGCGCCGGGAGAUGCAUGCCCUUCUUCUUGCUAAGGGAGUUUCUGUUGACAGCGCUGAGUGCGUGACGGAGGCAGCAGCCAGAUUAUCUCCUGGGGCUUCCUUUGUUCUUUUUGGACAUUCCCCAUAG